AUAUCUUGCAGUGAAGCAUUUCAGUUACUUACUACAGGGCCGGCAUUUCACUAUUUUUACUGACCACAAGCCCCUGUGUCAUGCUUUCACUACUUCACUUGAUAAACACUCCCCUAGAGAAGCCAGACAGUUGGAUUAUAUCUCCCAAUUUUCAACCGACAUUCAGUACAUCAAAGGGGAUGCGAACGUGGUAGCCGAUUCUCUUUCAAGAAGUGACAUUAACCAGCUCCAAACGUCGGUAGACAUCAGUCUUGAUCGUAUGGCUCAAUUACAAAGAGAUGACGUUGAACUCCAAACCUGCCGCAGAAACUCUUCCUUACAACUCAAAGAUGUGCCUAUCCCCUUAUCAGAUGCAACCAUAGUCUGCGAUGUAUCUACCGGCACUAAUCGUCCAUUUGUCCCUCUCAGUUGCCGAAAAGCAUUGUUCGAACAUUUACAUUCGCUUUCCCACCCUGGAGUACGCGCCACGGUCAGGCUGAUCAGCGAACGCUUCGUGUGGCCUAAAAUGAACUCUGACAUUCGGAGAUGGGCACGAGAAUGUAUCCAAUGCCAAUGCUCCAAAGUACACCGCCACACUAUUACAACCCCGAAGACGUUUAAAUUACCCGAAAGGAGAUUUCAGCAUAUCCAUAUAGAUAUCGUGGGACCAUUGCCAACAUCAAGGGGAUAUACACAUAUCCUGACAGCGAUUGAUAGAUUUACUCGUUGGGCUAUUGCAUGCCCCUUAAACGACAUAUCUGCUGAAAACGUUGCUUUAGUUUUUCUCGACCGUUGGGUGUCAAACUACGGUGUACCAACUACUAUUACAUCCGACCGCGGUCCUCAAUUCCAAUCGACACUCUUUCGCGAACUGACGAGACUUCUGGGAGUGAAACAUAUCUCCACAACAGCCUAUCAUCCGGCAGCGAAUGGUCUAGUGGAAAGAUUCCACAGACAACUGAAAAGCUCCCUGAUGGCGCAGAAUGAUACAUCUAAGUGGAGUGAAUACUUACCUUUGAUUUUACUUGGUAUCCGAUCUACUAUCAAAGAAGAUUUAGGAUGUACACCGGCUCAACUUGUCUAUGGCACCAACCUAACCUUGCCUGGACAGCUAGUCCCCUCAGCCGAUUCCACAGACGUGAACAUUGCCGACUUCACUAACCGAUUAACUAGACAAAUGCUUCAACUUCAACCAACAGCACCUCGACAAUCUCCCCGACGAGAUCAGAUCAACAAACAUCUACAAACUUGCAAAUUCGUCUUCAUUCGAGUCGACGCCAUCAGAAAAGGAUUGCAACCUCCAUACGAAGGACCCUUUCAAGUUAUUAAACGUUCAGACAAACACUUUACAGUGAACAAGAAUGGAAAACGAGAGACUAUUUCCAUUGAUCGAAUCAAACCCGCAUACACCGACAACGACUUCGAAUCUACAUCGGCAACUGCGCAAUCAAAUAAUCAAACAUCCGAUUCCACUCCACCGGCACCAAGUCUUAUCCUCCCUCCAUAUCAAACACGUAGUGGUCGGCAAAUCAGUAAACCGGCUCGCUACGUUCAUUUUGAGGACUAACAAAAGAAAAAUAAUUAAAAAUUAUUAUUAUCUUUUUCGUUUAGACAUUAUCAUCAUGACCGUUAGUAUUUCGUCGUAAACUUUGAUGUUACUAUCACUAUUAUUUAUUUAUAUGUACCUCACCUAAAAAACAGGUAUUGUCCUUUCCAAAAACUAUUGAUCUUUAAUCCAUAUUUUUUUUAAUGUUUCUUUCCCCUCCUUAAUUACUGUGUAUUUACAUAUUUUUCUUUAUACAUUAAAAAUCUAUGUUCAUGGUU